AUGCCCCGCUCCAGGUUCUAUGCCGUCCUCAAUGGACGUCUCGGGACAGAUGUCUACACAGACUGGGACCAGUGCAAUGCCAUGGUCAACAAAUACCCCGGGGCAAAAUUCAAAUCAUUUGACUCGAGCGAAACCGCCUGGAUGUGGCUCACAAACGAAUCCGGUGUCCGAGACACCGUCCCUCCAUCACAGGAUCAUGCCCCGAUAACCUACGACCGGACUACACCCGAGCCUGGCGUCCCCCGCCAAGAGCUUAUCGAGCUCUCGGACGAACAAGAGCAUGUAGUACGUCAGUGUGAGGCCGGACACUCCAUCUUCUUCACCGGUUCUGCUGGAACCGGUAAAUCGGUUACGUUGAAAGAGGUCAUCCGACGCCUUAGGCGCAUGUACAGCUCUGGAAGCGUCUUUGUCACCGCUAGCACGGGAAUCGCGGCUAUCAAUGUGGGUGGUACGACGCUUCAUUCAUACGCAGGGAUUGGCCUCGGGAAAGAACCAGCCGAAGUGUUAAUCAAAAACAUCCGGAAAGGGACAAAAGCAAAGGGGAGAUGGUGGGCGACAAGAGUUCUCGUCAUUGACGAAAUUUCCAUGGUGGACGGGAAUCUCUUUGACAAGCUCGAACAGAUUUCUCGUGCUAUCAGGGGGAACAACGAACCCUUUGGGGGGAUACAACUCGUCAUCUGUGGCGAUUUCUUCCAGCUGCCUCCUGUUUCCAAGGCGCCUUCUGCGGGACAACGGGAUACGACAAAGUUUGCGUUCGAAGCCGAAUCGUGGUCCAGAUGCGUCAAGCAAAUGAUCACCUUGCGCACAGUCUUUAGACAAAGAGACAACGAGCUCAUCGAAAUGCUCGAUAUGAUGCGCAUGGGGCAAGUGGACGCGAUUGGCCUAUGGUAUUUUCGAAAGCUCGAUCGAGAAGUCGAAUACGACGACGGUAUCGAACCGACAGAGCUCUUUCCUCUUCGAGCUCAGGUCGAAGGUGCCAACAAUGCACGACUAAAUGCUUUACCAGGCGAGGAACUUCGCUUUAUUGCCAUGGACUAUGCCUUUCACGACAUGUACGGGAAAUCCAUCAAACCAGAAGCAGCAUCCAAGCUCCUGGAUGAUACACUUGCUCCACGCGUCCUCACGCUUCGCGUUGGGGCACAAGUCAUGCUCAUCAAAGUCAACAUCCCUGAAACCAAGUUGGUCAACGGCUCCAUCGGGACCAUUGUCUCCUUUGAGACGACCGAAGGGGCGUACUAUCAUGGUAUCUCUGCAGCAGGAGACGACAACUCCACUCGCCGUGAAGCCUCUCAACUCGAUGACGCCAACACUGACGACUCUGGAGGAGACCUAGAGAGAAACCCCUCGUCAUAUACAUUACCCCGUUGGCCAAUGGUCAAGUUUAUCACUGGUGAAGUCAGGAUUAUGCCACCGAUGCCCUUUGAAGUUGUAAACGCGCAUGGAAAUUCAGAAGCUAUGCGGCAACAGGUGCCGCUCAUCCUUGCAUGGGCGCUCUCCAUCCACAAGUCCCAAGGACAAACGCUCGAGCGUGUCAAAGUGGAUCUGAACGGCAUAUUCGAAAAAGGUCAAGCCUACGUUGCAGUCUCUCGCGCUACCAGCUUUGCUGGUCUUCAAGUGAAAAACUUUAGUCAGGAUAAGGUAAUGGCCCAUCCGCGAGUCGUGGCAUGGGCUCAAUCGAUUGAGAAGAAGCCCCAGCCAGUAGCCGAAGACGAGAUGGAGAUGACUUCGGACGAAGAAGGAUACUGGAACGAAGCCCGCGAUUAA